AUGGGGGUCCGACAUUUCAUUACUACUACUACUACUACUACUACUACUACUACUACUACUACUACUACUACUACUACUACUACUACUACUACUACUACUACUACUACUACUACUACUACUACUACUACUACUACUACUACUACUACUACUACUACUACUACUACUACUACUACUACUACUACUACUACUACUACUACUACUACUACUACUACUACUACUACUACUACUACUACUACUACUACUACUACUACUACUACUACUACUACUACUACUACUACUACUACUACUACUACUACUACUACUACUACUACUACUACUACUACUACUACUACUACUACUACUACUACUACUACUACUACUACUACUACUACUACUACUACUACUACUACUACUACUACUACUACUACUACUACUACUACUACUACUACUACUACUACUACUACUACUACUACUACUACUACUACUACUACUACUACUACUACUACUACUACUACUACUACUACUACUACUACUACUACUACUACUACUACUACUACUACUACUACUACUACUACUACUACUACUACUACUACUACUACUACUACUACUACUACUACUACUACUACUACUACUACUACUACUACUACUACUACUACUACUACUACUACUACUACUACUACUACUACUACUACUACUACUACUACUACUACUACUACUACUACUACUACUACUACUACUACUACUACUACUACUACUACUACUACUACUACUACUACUACUACUACUACUACUACUACUACUACUACUACUACUACUACUACUACUACUACUACUACUACUACUACUACUACUACUACUACUACUACUACUACUACUACUACUACUACUACUACUACUACUACUACUACUACUACUACUACUACUACUACUACUACUACUACUACUACUACUACUACUACUACUACUACUACUACUACUACUACUACUACUACUACUACUACUACUACUACUACUACUACUACUACUACUACUACUACUACUACUACUACUACUACUACUACUACUACUACUACUACUACUACUACUACUACUACUACUACUACUACUACUACUACUACUACUACUACUACUACUACUACUACUACUACUACUACUACUACUACUACUACUACUACUACUACUACUACUACUACUACUACUACUACUACUACUACUACUACUACUACUACUACUACUACUACUACUACUACUACUACUACUACUACUACUACUACUACUACUACUACUACUACUACUACUACUACUACUACUACUACUACUACUACUACUACUACUACUACUACUACUACUACUACUACUACUACUACUACUACUACUACUACUACUACUACUACUACUACUACUACUACUACUACUACUACUACUACUACUACUACUACUACUACUACUACUACUACUACUACUACUACUACUACUACUACUACUACUACUACUACUACUACUACUACUACUACUACUACUACUACUACUACUACUACUACUACUACUACUACUACUACUACUACUACUACUACUACUACUACUACUACUACUACUACUACUACUACUACUACUCAAACUCUACUCCAUAUCUGUGUAGACUUCUAG